GAGCCGAGAACCAGGCAGAGGAGCCGCUUCUUCUCCUCUUUUGUCCUCUCAUGGAGCCAAAAAAACCCGCGUUAAACCAGGACACCGUUAAUUCCAUGUAAGUGAACGACUUUAUAAGCAAAAUUAGAGACACUGCGAGACGAGAAAUGUAGAUUUCUUUUGUUAAUUAAAAUAAACGAAUAAACAUCACGCUGCGCUCCUUUUUACGCAAACGGCAAAUAAAACCUUUCCAGACAGAUCCAACAGGUUCUGAUGUCUGGUUGGAUUUUUACGCAGCGCGCUCGGAUCAGAUGAAGGAUUAAGGAAAAGGCCACCGGCUUCCAAACAUCUCUUUGUUGUCUCCCACCUCCACUUUGAAACGGGGACCACGGCUUGGCAGGACCUGAGAGGCGUCAUGUGACUCUGCAUCUGUUCUCAGUUGUGGAUAAGAUAACCACGCAACCAGAGAGAGAGAGAGCGGCAGAGAGAGGCAGCGCCGAGGAGGAGCUUAUAAGAUCCACUGCGCGCACCGUCGGCACCAAAACUUACCGUCUACCCAUCCAUCCAUCCUCACCUCUCUCUUACGCGCGCGCACACACGGACUCUCUGCGUUGGUUUUAAUCAGAUUUCCCCCCUCCUCCUCCGUCGGAAGGUGCACAGGUGCAUCCCCCACGGCGCCCCGCUCGCUCUGCGCUGAGUUGAUUAUGGUCACAACCCCCGCGGUGUCAAGGUGGAGCCACCGCGCGUAUCUCGGAUCGGUGCGCUUCUCCAGGGGCUGGGAUGCGCACCGGGCACCUCUCGCUUCCUGCCGAGUUUCGGGUCUGAGCCGGAGUCCAGCGCGGCCCCGGGGCGCCGCGGCAGGAGGACCCAGUCGACCCGGAGCAGGAUGCCGGUGAUGAGAGGGCUGCUGGCCCCGCAGAACACCUUCCUGGACACCAUCGCCACCCGCUUCGAUGGCACCCACAGCAACUUUGUUCUGGGAAACGCCCAGGUCCAGUCGCUCUACCCCAUCGUCUACUGCUCCGACGGGUUCUGCGAGCUCACCGGUUAUGCUCGCGCCGAGCUCAUGCAGAAGAGCUGUGCGUGUCACUUCCUGUACGGCCCAGAGACGAGCGACCGGUCGACGGCUCAGAUCCAAGGAGCUCUGGACGACCGGAGGGAGUUCAAGACCGAGCUGGUCUUCUACAAGAAGGAAGGUACACAGUUCUGGUGUCUCCUGGACAUCGUGCCCAUUAAGAAUGAGAAAGGUGAGGUGGUUCUGUUCCUCGUGUCCCACAAAGACAUCACGGAUAAGAAAAAGGACCAGGAUCCUGAACAAGGACCUGACACUGAUGAGGAGACGGGUUUGGAGGUGCACCAGGUAACUCGCCCGCCGGGCUUCAACGCCAACCGGCGCCGCAGCCGAGCCGUCCUCUACCACCUGUCAGGACACCUGCAGAAACAAGACAAGAGCAAACUCAAGAUCAACAACAACAUGUUUGGGGAGAAGCCUCCGAUCCCAGAGUACAAAGUGGCAGCCAUCCAGAAGUCUCGCUUCAUCCUGCUGCACUACGGCACCUUCAAGGCCGGCUGGGACUGGCUGAUCCUGCUGGCGACCUUCUACGUGGCCGUCACCGUCCCCUACAACGUCUGCUUCACGGUGGGCGGCGGGCGGGACGAAGGCAGCAGCAGCGCCCCCCGGAGCCCGCCCAGCGUCAGCGACAUCCUGGUGGAGAUCCUCUUCAUUUUAGACAUCUUGCUGAACUUUCGAACUACAUUCGUGAGCACGUCGGGCCAGGUGGUGUAUGACGCCCGCUCCAUCUGCGUCCACUACGUCACCACAUGGCUCUUUGUGGAUCUCAUCGCUGCCCUGCCCUUCGACCUGCUGUACGCUUUCAACGUCAGCGUGUACUUUGGGGUCCACCUGCUGAAGACGGUUCGGCUGCUCCGGUUGCUGCGGCUGCUGCAGAAGUUGGAGCGUUACUCCCAGUACAGCGCUGUGGUCCUCACCCUGCUCAUGUCCAUGUUCGCCCUGCUGGCCCACUGGAUGGCCUGCGUCUGGUACUUCAUCGGUCGCAGGGAGAUCGAAAGCCCCGGAUCCUGGGAUAUCGGUUGGCUCCAUGAACUGGCCAAGCGUCUGGGGACUCCCUACUUUCUGUCUCCGCUGUCAUCGUUGGUUCCCUCGUCGGUCAGCAGCCUCCCGACCAGCAGCAGCGGCCAGUGGAACAGCUCCGAGGCCGCAGGACAAAGCUGGAACUCCAGCCAGAUCUACGGGAACGUGUCCGGUGGAGGCGGAGGAGGAAACCUGGGUGGCGGUCCAUCGAUGCGCAGCAGCUACGUCACCUCGCUGUACUUCGCUCUGAGCAGUUUGACCAGUGUCGGGUUUGGAAAUGUGUCUGCCAACACGGACUCAGAGAAGAUCUUCUCCAUCUGCACCAUGCUGAUCGGAGCGCUGAUGCAUGCCGUGGUGUUUGGUAACGUCACCGCCAUCAUCCAGAGGAUGUACUCUCGCCGCUCGCUGUAUCACACCAGAACCAAGGACCUGAAGGACUUCAUCAGGGUCCACCGGCUGCCUAAGGCCCUGGAGCAACGCAUGCUGGAGUGUUUCCAGACGACCUGGUCAGUCAACAACGGCAUCGACGUCAGUGAGCUCCUGAAGGACUUCCCUGACGAGCUGAGGGCUGACAUCGCCAUGCACCUGAACAAGGAGCUGCUGCAGCUGCCUCUGUUCGAGUCGGCCAGCCGAGGCUGCCUGCGCUCCCUCAGCCUCAUCAUCAAGACCUCCUUCUGCGCUCCGGGAGAGUUCCUCAUUCGACAGGGAGACGCCCUGCAGGCCAUCUACUUCGUCUGCUCCGGCUCCAUGGAGGUCCUGAAAGACAACACUGUGCUGGCUAUUCUGGGUAAGGGAGACCUGAUCGGCUCCGACUCUCUGACCAAGGAGCAGGUGAUCAAGACCAACGCCAACGUCAAGGCUCUGACCUACUGCGACCUGCAGUACAUCAGCCUGAAGGGGCUCCGCGAAGUGCUGCGACUUUACCCCGAAUACGCCCAGAAGUUCAUCAGUGAGAUCCAACACGACCUCACAUACAACCUGCGAGAAGGACAUGGAGCCGACGUGGACUGGGAAAGCAACGGCGGCCUCGUGAAGAAGCUUCCGUCCAUCCGUGAGGACGAGGAAGGCGAUGAAGAGACCAACUCAGUGUCUCGGGCCCCUCGGUCGCCGCUGCAUCUUAGCCGAGGCCUCAACUCGCCGCUGCGUUCCCCCCUGCUGCCUCCGAGGCCUUUCAGGGCCCCAUCCGACUGCCGGCCCUCUACCCUGCAGAUCCCAGUGGUCAGCUUCAGCAGCGCACCACCUGAACUCAGCCCCAGAUUUGUGGACGGCAUUGAAACCGAGAGCAACUCCACGUUGUCGCAGAAGUUUGAGUUCAGCCCCAGUCUGUCGCCUGCAGGUCCACCUUCCCCAUAUCCAGGGAUCCGAGAACACUCAGAGAUCAAGCAGAGUGUGUCCAAACUGACUGAGGAGAUGAACAGUCUCUCUAAACAAGUCUCCACACUCAGUCAGGAGCUGCAGGAAAUGACACGCCUGCUGAAGCCCCUCCUCCAACCAGCACCGCAGCCUGUCCUGAUGACCAUGAUGCCAAACCUGACCCCGCCCCCCAGCAGCGCCAGCCAGCUGUCAUCCACCUGCCUGGUGCCGCCACCCGUCGCCACACCUUGUUCCCUGCAGAGACCCGACACUCGUUCCCUGUUGGACAGUGGAGACAUCGAGGGUGUGGACUUGCCAGGAUGCCUUCUCCCGACUCCUCAUUCACCACAAAGGCCUAAUUCAUCUCCUCCAGCAGUGGCGCAGCCCCCGCCCAACCCCCCAGAGGGCAGCAUCACGAGGCCCAGCCUUUCCUCACCAGAGGAAGGACUUCCAGAGGGGUCCCUGGUCCCCCGAAGCCUGCACGCUUCCUCCAGUAACGGGAUAUUUGUUCCGUCGCUGCAGGACCAGCCUCCCCUGGCGUCCCACACCCCGUCGCCUUCCCUCUCCUUCUCCUUGUCCCUCGCCUCCUCACCAUCCCUCUCCCCCUGCCAGGGUCCUCACCUGUCCAGACAUGGCAGCUGUGCCGGCAGAGGCCUCCUCCCUCCGCCUCCCUCCCAGGACGCCCCUCGUCCCCCGUCCUCCCAUUUCUCAGCUCCCCCGUCCCUCACAUCCUCCCCCGGAGCUCAUCGGCGGCGGCCUUCCCCAUCCGUCCCCGCCGUGUCCACCUCCACCUCCACCCCCGCCCACCCGUCCACCGUCUCCCUGCCGCUGUCUCUGGACUUUGCGAGAAGAGAUACCCAGACUUGGUGCAACUCUCAGCAGCACCACAGGGGGGAGGCAAGGGAUGGCGCUCGCCCCAGGAGCUGGAGAUGCAAGAGUGGGGGAGGCAGGUGGAGGAAGGGAGGUCCUCCACGGAGCACAUCAGCUUCAUAGACGAAGAGGAGCCGGCGUUAUGAGAGACAGAGUAGCAGGAAGAGGUCGGGUCAGAGCAGGGAAGCAGACAGCUGGUUCAUCUCACACAGGCAGGUAAACACACCUGGGAGCCUGAGACACGACGCCAGCUGUCCGCAAAUCAGCCCCAACCAGUGCUUUUCUACACCGACCAACCGCAGCAGCACAAAUUGUCUUACAGUAUCAACAGUUCAGUAGCACGAGGUCACACAGGACCAGAGCACAUCUUUUUAUCCGGCUUGAAUUUAGCUCCCUGCAGCUACGUGGACACACAAUGUUGCUUUUUGAUCCCAGUAUGGAUGUGUCCUCCUCUUCAAAGGGCAGGUAGAGGCUCCUAAAUGCAGACAAGAUGGUGAACCUGUGGAGGUGACAUGAAAAAAAGUGGAAGUUGGUCUUGUUUUUGUUGUGUUUUUGCACAAAAAUUCUCAUCAUGCAUUCUUCACUUGGUGCAGGGAUCACUAAGAUAUAGACUGAAGUCUAAGUAGCUUUUAUGAAUUUUUUGCUCCUGUUGCAUUUUUGUUUCACUGUGGGCUCAUUUUCCACUGAAAUAUAAAGUCCUACACCUCUGUGGAAACAGAACAACCAUGAAUAGAAGGAAAGAGAACUCAGAAGUGACUUCUGCACAGUUUGGCCCAUUUAGAAUGUCUUUUUUUUUAAAGAAAACUGAAGUUACUGAAGCUAAAAGCAGUAAAUGACUGAACAACAAAAAGGCGUACCGUUUCUUUGAUUAUUUAUUUUUAAAAAUUAGAAGCAAAACAAAAAAAAAACUAUUACUCUGCAACAUUUUUUCCAUUUUUAUACAUGCUGAUUCCAGGUUUUUCAACUUUUGCAAAAAAAUAUAAUCAAAGCAAUUCACCCUUCAUUCUUUCUUAUUCAUGUUUUAUGGCAUGCUAACUAUUUCAUACCAGGUGCAGGACUUUAUACUGCAGUAAAAAAAAAAGAAAAAAAGAAAAAAAAGGAGCACACGGUGAGGAAAAAAUGUGACAGGACCAAAAAACAUUCAGAAACUGCUUGGAGUUCAGAGGGUUAAGAAAUUUUUCAUAUAUAAAUUUUAUUUAAAUUUUACACAAAACACUUAAACACACAUUUUAACAUUUUUAGAAUCCAUACUACCUAUAAGUGCAAUUUAAAAUAUUGAUUCAAUAAAUAUUGGGUUUAUUGGCUUUUAAGUUAUAUUUAAAAUGAAAAAAAAAUUGUAUGCAUUUUUAAAAGUCUGUGUGCUGCUUGACAUGUAUCAAAAACAGCAUGAAGAAGACCAACUUCAGCUUCUGAGAUCAUUUCUUUUAGUCUUGAUUGUACUCUUGUACAAGCACAGCCAUUGAUUCUGUGGAUGCUAUUAUUGUUUUCUUUCUGGUCCAUCGGAGUCUGCUUGGACAACUUUGCUUCCUACAUGUGCAUUAGGUAUUCCAUGCGUGCACACUACUGCAGAGCAUGCAUGCUGUUGGGUUUGUAGAGAACAAAUUUUGGGCUGCAUUCAGACAUCUGCGUAGACUUUAGGAGGUGAUGAAAUUAUCAGACCCUCGCGUAUCAUGGACACAGAAAGUAUACCACUGGUCAAUUCAUGAUUUCCGCAUCUCAGUGCAAACCGAACUGUAGCAUCGUGUCAGUGAUUAGUCCUGAGGUGUGCUGAGCUAGCGACAGGCUAGUGGACCCAGCACCGGAUUUCUGGAGAAUUUAAAACACCGUACUCUGUUUGCGUUCUGUCAGUGGAAAGCAUGUAGGUACGAGGGGUUGAUCAAGAAGUUGCAAGACCAUUCAUGCGUGUGCAACAUGUGCAAGCAAUAACUGUCAUGAGUCAUGAUGACAUCACACUGUCUACAUCGGGACCUGUGUUAGGCAAGUUCUUGUGACCACUGGUUUGUAAUUUCAUCAUGGAGCUCAAACUUUCAUGGAGAGCAUCACGUUCUGUGUCAGGCACCUUCACAUAGAGGCUCUUCACCAGUGACCAGAGGAGGGUCUGCAGCUACCACCAAGAGAAGAAAGAGCAGAUUUCACAGCUGCAGGCAGGAGCACCAGGAAGAUACUUCCUGUUUUCUUCAACAUUUACAUGGUUGUACACCAGGGAUGGACUGUCAAAGCAGAUUUACUGAAAUGUAAUGAGGUAUCAGAGGGAGAACAUUUGAACAACCUGACCUGUGGUGUGAUGGAAUGCGGUUGCUCCAAUGUGCUGUGCACCCGAACACAAUUCGAUAAUUAUGCAUCCAUUUUUUGGCCACAACAACAAAAUCGUAGCUCUCCACUCACCAGAUCUGCCUCACUGUAACUUCUUCCUAUUCCCCAAAUUCUCAAAAUCAAGUUGAAGGGUCAGUUAACAGUCAUCAGUGCUCACUGCAGAUAGUGCUUUUACAUGUCUGCAUAUCAGGACAUCCAGCAGGCACAACAAGGGUUGCAGGAGCCCUGGGAGCUCUGCACAAGGAGAAUAUUUCAAAGUGGAUGGCAGCAAAGUUUAACUCAGGUUUUAAAAUUUUUUGGGGCACAGUCUUGGAACUUUUUGAUCAACUCUCGUAUAAACGAAAACACCUUCUGUGUCCGGCAGCGACUACUUCAGUUAUGACUUCUUAAUGAUGAAUUAUUACGGUCUGGAUGAUUGUUACGGUCUGCUCAUUCAACCUCUUUUCAUAAAAAUAUUUGUAUUUAAGCACCACAUUUGUUUCUUAACACAUUUUCAGUCAGUGUGCACGAAUUGUGAGUUGCACAUGGAAAUUCUCAAAGAGGUCUACGUGGAUUCUGGUGAACUUGCAUCAUAUAUAGUCUUGUAAAAAAAACAGAAAGCAUGAAUUAGUCUAUAGAGAAUUGGUCCACCAUCUUGUCUGCAGCUAGGUCCCCUUAUUACAAACACACAUAUCUCAGCGAGAAACACGUCUUUACCCAAACCAGAUACUCUAAGCCACCACACUGGGACUGGGAAUGUAAGUCUUCAUUCAGUCUUAGUCACAUAAGGUCACCUCACCCGAAAAGCCAGUUUGCUUCAUCAUUGGGAACCACAUGCAGCUGACAUCGAACCAUCUCCUCCUCCGAGUCAUAAACACCUCAUUGCUCAUGUUUGCAGAAAAAUAUGUUUAAAUAAGUUUUAACUUCAGACAAAAAUGUCCACAUUUUCUUUCCCUGUAUCAGAAGUACACGAUGAAGUCAGCAGAAGGAGCAGCGAUGGCUCCAUUUGAAGGUGGACCUAAAAGUUCAGUUGGGUUGUAUGCCAAAGAGAAUAAGAACGAAAGUGUGGAGAAAAGCUAAUAUCAUACAAAGCACCCUUCUGUCACCGUUUAUCACCAUCAUGACUGUUUACAACCAGCCUAUCAGAUUGUAUAUCAAACUCCCGCACCAUUGCUGAGCUUUAGCCAUCCAGCCAUUCGUGCCUUCUCCAUACAAAGACAUCCCUAAAGUCCCUUCACCUGUUUAUAACUGCAGGUAAGCAUUUGGAUCAAAAUUUACGUAGAAAGCCAUCCAUGUCACCUAUGGAGAACACUUGCACCUUUUAACGAAAGUGUAACUAAUUUAUUUAUUUAUCGAGGCUGUGUAUUUAUUUAUUUUUUCUUGGAGAAAGCGGUGAGGAAAUAUGUUGCACGUCUGGGAGAUGCAAGAGAAACAAGCUGGGGAGGAAGGUUUACUUUAUUAACUGGAUGCACUCUGACCUGAGAAACUGAAACCCUUUCUUAGACAUUUGAUACGUAGCAUUGCUGCUUCAUCAGUGUGUUAAAGUGAUGGCAUUCUGUUAUUUAGACACCAGUCAGUUUUAAUAUACCUCAGACAAACUCACUACAGUGACUCAGUACAAUAUUUGUCAUACAGAUUAUACAGAACAUCAAGUGAUCUAUAAUACAUAAUAGUAAUUUCUCCUGUCUGAGGUAAAGAAAAGUUCCCAGCUGCUGUUAGAUCCUUAUCCAUCCUGUCUCCAUGUUGGGGAUCAUUUAUACUUAACACCGAUCGGGCAUAACAUUAUGCUCACCUACCUAACACUGUGUUGGUCCCCCUUUUGUCGUCAGUGCUCUUAACCAUUGAGCUUGGAAAAGAGGACCUCUCGGGAUGUCCUAUGGGGUCUGGCAGCAGGACGUUGGCAGUGGAUCCUUUGGAUACUCUGGGUUGUGCAGUGGGGCCUCUGUGAGUCAAACUUGUUCCACUACAUCUUGUUGAUGCUUGAUCAGAAUGGGGUCCAGGUGUUUCAAGAUGUUUCUGAUUGUUUGAUGUGUUUGCGAUGUGGUGGGGUGCAUUUUGCUAUGGGGGUAGACCGGUGACAUUUGGGAUUGCAUGAAGGAGUCUAUUUGUUCUGGGACAAUGUUUAUUUGAGUGUCUAAGUCUCAUCAACAUGGACGCCAAAAUCAAAGGUUUUCCAGCAGAACACCACAAAGUACCAAUAUGAUCAAUGUUAUUCACUUCACCUGUCAGUGGUCAUAAUGUUGUGGCUCAUCGGUGUAUAAGUAAUAAUUAAAGUUACUGUUGUUGUUCAACUUUCAUAAAUGCUGCAGCUACCAUAGAUCCUGCUGAUGGCUGGUGCUGCAGGUACUGAAUAAACCUAGAGGAAAUAGUCCUAAAUAGCUGGACAAACUGAACUUCAGCUCCUGUUAGUCUCCUGGAUUACACUCAUUAUUGGUGAAUCUCAUUAAUCUGACCUGUUACAGUUUUAUGAACAUUUCACUAUGUUUGUGCAAUUAUUAAGCAAAGUGGAUGAGAAAGGUCUUUAGUUAAUUUUAAACUGCAUCGCAUAUCGUGACAUUUCACUUUCAGCACGACACAAUUCUAAACUUUAUACAGUUUCAUAAAUGGAUAGACAUGCAUAGACUACAAGGUGUGGAAAACAAUUUAGAGGAGGGAUUUUUCCACCAUAUUUGAUCCAAAAACAUCACAGAGAACACAACACCUUUUCCAUAAUGUUGCUCUACAGUUUCACAUCUAUUACUAAACUAAAAUGUCGAUGAAAAUGACUCUUUUUUGCAAUGAAGACAGACUCUGUAAUAGGUCAGAUUAAUGACAUUCUCCAGUAAUUAAAGUAUUUAACUAAGUGGAGCUGAUGUUUGCUCAUAGCAGCAAGAUCCAUAUAAGUGUCACCUGUAGUGCUCAUAUGAAUAUGGGGGUGGACAGAAUUUUCAGUGUUUAGGUAAUCAGAAAUAAACCAAGCACUUAGAUGUCUGAAGACGUCGAUAAGCUGCUAGUACUUUGGGUUCAGUCUUUUUUUUCUUGGUGCGUUUUCAUGUAUUACACAUCGUUAUCAUUGUGUAUGACAAAUAUGAAACCAUGACGCUUUCCAUCACUGUUUGUGUCUGAAUGCAGCUGUGAGGAACAUUAAAAGUGACACAUUUUUCUGAUUGACAGAAUGAUAUUUCUUUAACAGACUGAAGAAGCAGCGAUGCCACGUAUCUUGUGUCCAAUAGGCGUUUUACCGAAACCUUCACAAUUCCUAUGUAGCACACAAACACACUCGUUUCAUCAUCUCCACCCCCUUUGCCAACGACUGAGCUUUAUGCUGGUACGAGACAACACAGCCGUAGACUAAAACUACAACAUCCAGGCUGCAUUGCUAUGGAGGUCUCAGGACUUCUGUACAUGUUUUUUUGUUGUUUGUUUUUGUUUUUUUGUUGUUGUUUUUUUUGCUUUGUGCACCACUUGUUCCCUGUAAUAUAGACAGUCAGAUUUCUGGUUUCUAUUUUCUGUAUCGGGAGCAGGGGAGGUGACUUCCUGGACUCUUUACACACUGAAGAUCCGCUGAGCAGAACUCCGAUCAACGUCUGGAGUUCUGAUCCUGGGGGGUUUUACUCUAAUGUGGGGUGGGUUAGGGUGGGGGAUUUUAAAUCAAAUGCAUGUCACAGCUUUUGUUUCUUUUUUUUUGCAUGAGAAAUGUGCCUGCUUUUGAGCUGUCCAGGGCAGAGGGCUAAUGCGAGCAGAAAACUGCCUGCCCUGAUGGAGGCUGUUGGGUUUCAGAUGUAUUUUAUUAAAGACUGCUGUUACAUAAAAACUUAAACCAGGAUUACAAACUGUACAACAAUAAAGAAGUGUUGUUUUCUAA